AUGAAACGUUUUUUGCUUGCUAUAUCACUUUUGUCGAUGACAAUUAUGAGUUUCGGCAAAGUGCUUCUCAAAUACGAAUGGAAAUACCUAGAUAUUCUCUGGGACAAUCCACGACAAAAAGAAGAAGCGAUAAACCUCGGCAAAUACGAUCCUAAUUUAGCUUAUUUAUACGACAUAGAUAGGGCGAAUGAUGGUAGAGUAUUUAUUACUGCGAUGAGAGACAAAGGCAUACCAGUUAGUGUGCUGACCGUAACUGAAAAACAAGGAGAAGGUGGGCUACUUCUGCGUCCAUAUCCAGAUUGGUCUUGGUAUAAAGAUGAUUGUAAAGGUAUUACAGGCGGUAUUUAUCAAAUACAAAUUAAAUGCAAUCAUCUAUUCGUUGUGGAUGAGGGCAGAAUUGGGGACGAACAAUUAUGCUUACCACAGCUACUGAUCUUUGAUUUAUCAACUGAUAAAUUGGUUAAACGUGUUACUAUUCCAUUUGACAUUGCUCAUAAUAAAAUUGGCAUCGGAUUGUUGGCUUCAAUUGCUGUUUUUGCCCCGAUUUGUCAAAAUGUGAAGGAUAAUGCGAUUGUAUUCAUAGGAGAUGUGGAAGGUGGUGGCAUAGUAGUAUAUAACGGAUAUACUUCAAAAUUAUGCAGAAUCGAUUCUGAUUUCAUGAAGUCAACUAAUGAAGAUAUCGUGUUAGCAAAUCACCGAUAUCCUAAUAGGGACACUAUCUACGGUAUAACAAUUAUUGGUGAAGAUUUAUACUAUGUUCCUUUCGCGGGAAACAAAAUGUAUAAGACAAAAAUGUCGAACUUAAUAGAAUGUUCGCCAAAGGAUAUUAAUGAAGCUAAUAAAGAAACUAAAUUGGCGGGCGCAUUAGGAGGCCAAACAGUUGCGAUAACAUCUGACAGAUGUGGAAUAUUUUUCAGUGAUAUUACAAAAACGUCUAUUAUGUGCGCGGACGCAACUAAGGAAAUUAAUUCCAAAAACAAGGCGCUCGUUGCAUAUGAUCCAAAAAUGGAAUUUGUAAGCGGGAUGAAGAUUAGAAACGGCGAAUUAUUGGUCUUAUCAAAUAAAUAUCAUUUACAUAUCUAUAAUGUAUACUUUAAUAAUAAUACAUUUAAUAGCAACGAAGUAAACUUCCGUGUUCUCUCAAUUCCUAUUGCAGAGAUACAAAAGAAUACAAAAUGCUUUUCUUCUUGCACCUACUAAGGAAAUAAAUUUGUGGAUUUA